CUCCCCCACGGGCCUCCGCCCAACUAGACCCAGUGAGCAGGGCAGGUGGUCGAGAGCCCCAUCCACCUCCAUAAAACCCUCCUUUGCUGCUCAGGGCUCAGGGCUCACAGCCGCGUCUGCGAGGACUCGAGGAGGAAGGCACCGCGUCUGCGAGAGGAUUCCUGAAGAGAGCAAGUGCAAGAGCUAUGGGCAACUCCUGUGUCACUGGCUCCAGCAGCACCUCAAACCACGGGCAGAGUCUGAAAUCCAACGGGGAAAAAGCUAGUGACAAUUCGUGUGUUACUGGUUCAUGCCUGUCAAACCAGGGCCAGAGCCAGGAAUCCAAUGGGUCGGAGACAACCUUCAAAUGGAGGAUUGAUGGUUUCUCCUCGCUUCUUGAUAAGGGAUGGACCAGCUCCAGUGUGUUUAACAUCAGGGGGUUUGACUGGUACAUGGUGCUGAACCUAAGGGACAGAAAGAGUGGUGACAAAAAUGAAUAUGUUUCUCUUGAGCUUGUGCUGUUUCUAGCACCUGAGAUACUCCAUACGGUCGUGGAGGCAAGUUUCAAGUUCCUGAUAUAUGACCAGUCAUAUGGAAAGCACCUUGAACAGCAUCAAGUGAGCCAAAAUUUUCAGGCUCCAAGCAGAGUCUCUGGGACCUCAUUCAUGAUCCCCCUCGCAACGCUUAAGGAGCAAUCCUCUGGAUUCCUUGUCGAAGACAGCUGUGUUUUUGGUAUCCAGUUCAUCAAAGUUGUCCCUGUUAAAGGCAGCUCAAAACAUAGGCAGAAUCUGAAAGCCAACGUGGCAAGAGCCAUUGGCAACUCAUGUGUUACUGGUUCAAGCCAGUCAAGCCAGGGACAUUGCCAGGAAUCCAACGGGUCAGAGACAACCUUUAAAUGGAGGAUCGAUGGUUUCUCCUCGCUUCUUGAUAAGGGUGAAGGAUGGACCAACUCCAGUGUGUUUAACAUCAGGGGGUUUAACUGGUACCUGAUGCUGAACCCAAGGGACAGAAAGAGUGGCGACAAAAAUGAAUAUGUUUCUCUUAAGCUUGUGCUGACUCAAACAGUAUCCGAGAGAUCCCAUUUGAUUGCGAAGGCAACUUUCAAGUUCCUGAUAUAUGACCAGUCAUAUGGAAAGCACCAUGAAGAGCAUCAAGUGAGCCACAAUUUUCAGGCUGCAAGCAGAGUCUCUGGGAUCUCAUGCAUGAUCCCCCUCGCGAAGCUUAAGGAGCAAUCCUCUGGAUUCCUCGUCAAAGACAGCUGUGUUUUCGGUAUCCAGUUCAUCAAAGUUGUCGCUGUUAAAGGUAACGAUGUGUCAGAGACCCUGUUUGUUCAGAAGAUUAGCAACAUCUGCAGUGACCCCCAAGUCUACACCUGGAACAUUGAUGAUUUCUUUGUGUUGAAAAACCCGAGCACCUCCCCAGAGUUUGAGCUCUGUGGACACAAAUGGUUAAUCACUAUCUAUCCAUCUGGUUCCGAUAAGAAUCCGAACUACCUCUCCCUGUACCUGAACAUGAAGGACUCACUCCAUAAAGACUCUGCGAUCCUGGCAGAUGUUAGCAUAACCAUCAAAGACCAGGAAACUGGCAAGCACAAGAAAUUAUCAGCCCGGCUCCAGCUCAAGAAUUGUGCCCCCACUUGGGGAUGGGGCAAGUUCAUAUCUCUGGAAGAUUUCAAGGACUCGUCACAAGGUUAUCUCGUGAAGACAAAGUGUUGCAUUGAAGCUCAGAUUGCAGUCAUUGGUUCCUCGAAGACAGAGUAGCUGGAUUAUUUGUCCUCCGCGUAAUGCCAUGACUCAUGUGUGUUCUGUACUUGCUUGAACUGCGAUUCUGUAUCCGUACCUUUGUUUGCUUGCUUGUUUGGUUGUGCUGAACCUAUAAGAAGUUUUAAGACUAAUGGCAUUUACAUGCA